AGAAAUGUACUGGUGGAAUCGGCAAGAAUUGCUCGUGGUAAGAUUGCAGCUCUCUCUACGCUAGAUGUCAAUAAUCAUGAUGCCGUUAUCUUUCCUGGUGGCUUCGGUGCUGCCAAGAAUCUGUCAAAUUUUGCUGUGGAUGGUGCAAAUUGUAAAGUGGAUCCAACUGUGGAAAAGGUGGUCAAGGAUUUUGUUGCGGCCAAGAAGCCCUUGGGUUUGUGUUGCAUUGCCCCAGUGUUGGCAGCUAAAUUAGUUCCCGGAUGUGUAGUAACAGUUGGACAAGAUAAAGAAGAUGGAGGCCGCUACCCCUACGCAGGCACUGCUGGAGCGAUUGAACAGAUGGGGGCGAAACAUGUAAAUAAGAAUGUGUCUGAGAUCCACGUAGAUGAGGCUAAUAAAGUGGUCACCACGCCAGCGUUCAUGUGUGAGACUAAAGUGCAUAAAAUCAAUGAUGGAGUAGGGGCAAUGGUUCGAGCCGUUCUUGACCUGUCUCUUAUACACAUCUAG